AUGUUCUCUUAUGUUAAUGGCAACACCAUUCAAGAUAUACAAGCCCAACAACUCCUUACGAGAAUAGAUGAACAAUUGGAGCGGUGGAAUAAAAAGUAUGGAUCUAUCACUCAACCUACACGGCCGGAGACAUUCGUCUCUAGAGAAGCGUGGAAUUCCUCAAAUGUAAACUCUGCGACUACCUUAUAUGGAGAGUCUACACAUACUACUAAUAAUACGAAUAAUACUCCAACAGCAACAACAACAGCAGCUGCUGCUGCCGCAGUAGAGUCGAUAUCAGUCCCUAAUAAUGAGGAAAAACUUACCAGUUCAGUGUUACUCACACGUAUAGAUGGACUGGAAAAACAACUACGUGCUGCUGAGGAAGAUCGUGUAAAUCUUCGGCAGCUUCUUUCAGCUACAGAGCGUCGACUUUCAGAAGUCUUAACUGCUCAAAAGACACUUCAAAAUGAAUGGAUUUCAUUUCGUGAAGAGUUUUUAACAUUUUAUCGAAGGAAUAAUGAAGAUAACACAACAAUAUCAACAACCGCAUCUAAUAUAGAGUCUGAUAGAUAUCAUGGCACACAUUUCGUACAGAGACAAAAUAAUAAUAAUAAUAAUAAUAAUAAUAACAGCAAUAACAGUAGUAGUACCUUCUCUGGUCCUCCAACAGUUACUUCCACAGAGUUAGCAAACACACAAGGUGUUUCCUCGUCAAUUAGUUUUCUUAGAAAUGAAGGAACCCCUGGUGGGAUGCCGUUAAGGAAUGCUUCCGCAUUAGGUAUCGAACCUGCACAGCAACGCAGAAUGGUGUUAGAACAAUUAGCGCAUCGUCUUUCAAUUCCAUUUGGAUCCUGA